GCGAAUCAGGUCCAUCAGACCCAAAAAUAACCAAAACACAGCAAGUUCAGUGAGGCGAAAAUCGCACGAAGGAUUGUUAACCAAACUGACCAAUCCCAUCAAACCACCGCCAUCAAAUGACGACAGUUUCAGAAGAAUCACCACCAUCAGUGGAGAAGCCAAGCUCGCCGCCAAUCAGCGAAAUAGCUGAAGCAAUAAAAUACAAAACCCUAGAACAAGCCACUCCAUGGAUCGAUUACGCCAUUGAACAAGCUCUUAUUUACCAGAAAACAAUCGGAGAGGCUGCCGAUGACGCCACUAAAACCCUAAGAUCUCGCCUCUCCGAAAUUCGAUCCACUUCGUCCGCUCACUUCAAUCAAACCAUUGACUCGUUGCAAGAUGUGAGGUCUGAGAUUGUUGUUUAUGAGGAUAUGCUUUUUGGAAAGGUUAAAGAUGGCAUUAAUGUUGCGGCUUCACAUCCAUUGAUUACUACCGGCGUUGCUACUGGUUUAGGAUUUGUGCUAUUUAAAAGGCCGAGACGUUUUUUGUACUAUAAUACCUUGCGCAGAUUUGUUAGUGAAGAGGCAUUACUUUCAAAAGCUGAUGCUAAAGUAAAGGAAUUGCAGCAGUCAAUCAACCUCCUUAGGGCUGAAAGUGAGAAGCUAGAGAAAAGAGUAUCUUCAGCCGAAGGGGAGUUGAUUCGUGGAAGGACAAAACUCAGACAAGCUGGUAAGCAGAUCCAAGGUGUGAUUAGCUCAACUUACAAAAUUGCUAGACAAGCAGCAGGCUUGAAAGAUAUCCUUCAGGAACUGCCUAGCCGAGAAGCUUCUAGAUUCCGAUCGCAAGUCUCUAAUCUUGCUUCUGAGGCAAAGCGAGAAAGGAAUGCUUUGACCAAGGAGGUCACAAAAAUUAGUAACUAUGGAAUCUCGGUCUGAGGAAUCUUCUCUUAUGAUCCAUUUUUGCUCUGUGUCCUUGAGAUUUAAACCACAAAAGCGUACCUAAAACGUAGGAGAUUGCUUCUCUGUAGAGUACCAAGUUGACAAAAAUGUAAUGUAGUUGCUGAUUCAUCUGCAGAGAAGUAACUACAGUUACAAAAAGGCUUUUUGCCAUGGACAACAAAACAACAAUACAACAUCACCAAAAUAAUACUACUUGCUAAUUGCAGGAGACCUGUCAUAUCAUUGCCAGAACCCUAAUUUUAUUGCCUCAGUAUUUGCUGGAAAUGUGUAAAAUGUAAAUGCUUAACGGUUUUUGUUUGUAUUAUUAGUAUUAUUAUUAUUAUUAUCUAAAAAAUA